CAGCCAAGAAGUCACAUGUUUAUGAAACGGAAGACAUUCUUCGUUCUUCAGAUCUUGUGGCCAACACGAACAGCAGGCAACAUCAUCGCGGCAGCCAACGACUCAUCACACUCUCAUCAGCCAGUUGUUGCCAUUGCCAUUGCCAGCUUUAAAAGCAUCAGCUCAUCAGCGUAUCUCGCCUUUUCCAUUCUCUUUCGUUGAUUUCUUUGUUUGUCUCCGGAGACAAGCAGUUUUUCUUUCAGUUUUUUCUUCUCUAUUCACAGCAAAUCCAAACAUGGUUGUACAAGGUGGAUUCUCCCUGCAUCUCAUCGACGCGGAGUCGCAGCAGCCUCUGAAGGAGUACCGUGGCCCUAGUGGAGCCGUUCAUUACGCAGAGGCAAAGCCAGGUGGUGAAUACUUUCUACGCUUCCAGGUGCUACGGGAGGAAGACAACAAGGCAGAGGACGACAAGGCAAAGGACAAGGCAAAGGACGACAAGACCAAGGAGAGCAGCGUGGACACGCAGUCCGAAAUCAUGUAUUAUUUCCGUCCGUGCGUCGACGGUAAAGAUCUAGGUUUUUACACGAAUUUGACCAAUUCACAAGGAGCUCGGGAUGUUGGUUUGUGGACCUACAUCAAUGGUAUUGGCGCUAAUCAAGCCCUCAAGUUCGAAACAGCUGCCCCCAACAACAACAAGGAAGCCACUUCAGGUGCUGGUUUGGCUUCGGGCAACGCUGCUAAAGGAAAAGAAUCCUCCUCUGAGACUACACCCGGCAAGACUGGGCCACCGCUUCUGCACAUGGGCAAUGUGCAGGUACAAGUAUCCAAGGCCAUUUUCACAGGGCGUCAGAAGCGUGUGUACAGCGCCAUUCCAGCCCUCACCCAGGAGGAAACAGUUGUAACCGAAGCUGCUGUUCCCGUCUCUGCCGCGUCUUCGCUCCACGAAGAGGAAGAAGAAACUGGCACCGCCAAUGGGGCUGAUGCGAAAGAAAAGGAUGCGACGGGUUCACCCAAUGACCCCAGCAAGCUUGAAGAAACUCUGCGCAUCAUGGAACCGGUUCCAGUGUUGCGGUCGCGAGAGGGAAAGGCUCGUUUUGAGCAAAAGAUCACAGAGGAGUGCCCCACGUACAAACCUGGAGAGCUUUUGGAAACCAUCACCAUCCAUUAUGGAAGCGCGGCGGCACUGGUUCAAGCUGGUGUCUUGCUUCCUGCUGGAACAGUGCCACAAUAUGUGGGUGUCUCGCCGCAGGGCACUGCGACAUCCAAGGAGGCCGCUUCGGUGACUCCCAUCGGGAAGGGUGUCGUGGCCAAUCCCCUGUUGGAUGCAUCUACCUCCACUGAACCAACCGGUGCAAAGCGGCUCCACGCCGGUGAUGUGAAGAACGAAGAUGGAGUCAAGCCUCCUGCGACCAAGAAACCUUGCCGGGAAGUCAGUGCUUCUACACCCGAGCCCAUGUCGGCGGCUGUCGUCUCGAAAUAGGCACAGUCAUGAACAGGAACAAGAUGGAUCUUUGAAAAAUACAGCCUUUUGACACGUCGAGCGUAUUUUCAGCUCUGACUAUAACCUACCUGUGUUCUAUCAAACAUAUGGACCUGCAAAUCACUGGGGAGAGCAGCCUAUCUUAGCUUACUUAGGAGAGGGACAAGAUUACACCAAGCAGAAAUCGAACUAUGAAGAAUCAAUUUGGCGGUGUGUUAUUCUGGCGGUCGAAUGUAGCGGUAAGCCUCGGACGCCCUCCGCAUUGUCCUAAAUUUAGUUCAGACUU